AUGUUCCAACAAUUUGUGAUGCACUGUAGGCCGAUUGAGUUUUGUUGGGAUACGACACUUUUAGUGACAGAUUUGACAUUCGACGUAACGUUUCAUUGUUUCGUUUUACAAGUCGCAUGCGCACAGCAGGCAGAACGGACGACCGGAAGUGACGUCACAGACGAGGAGCCUCACCCUUAUACUAUUUCAUUCUUCCUGUUCCCACAUCAUGAGACUGUUGAACUGUCAGGCGGGAAAGGGAAGGUCACGAAUGUCACUCAACAUGAUAAAUCAAAUGAUCUGACUAAAGGUAACUAUCCAUGGGCCCUGACAUGAAAACCAGACUGCGUUACAACUUGUUUCCAUCUUUGAUAGUAUUGGUCGUUAGUAGCAACGAAGUUUGUGCGGGAAAUUGACAGCUAGAAAAUGUGGUGAACAACUUUCUCAUCUAAAACUUCUGAUUUGAUUAGAUUUGGAAGAAAACUUCACUUUUUUCGAGAUUUAGUGAAGCAUAAACAACAAACAAACAAACAAACAAACAUGAAUGGAACAAUGAAUGGUUUUUUGUAAAAGCCGAUAUUGCUAUCUUGGCUCGCCUUUUUAAGUAAUAACAGGAUCUCAGAAUAGCUGAUUUGAAAAAUGUUGUCAGGGAUUCGUGUAUUUUUAAAAAAAUCUCUGAGCUAUUGCUUAUUCUAAUAGCCAAGAAUGAGCAGUUUCAUCACACACCUUACGAUCUUUGGGAUUCAAUCUUAGAUACUCUAGGAUCUUUAUAUCUAUUAGAACCAACAAUGAAUUACUUUAUUUACAAAUGGGACCUCACUUAAUGCUAUUAAGAUAUUUUACAAUUGCUAUGUCUCACAAAUUUGUCAAUUUAUCGAAGUAACCCGACGAAGUGUUGUUAGUGAAAUAUUUCAAGGUAAUCGUCAUGCAUGGUGAAUUUGGCGCUUUUUUUUUUUUAGCAAAAGGAAAGAAUCCGUCGGGUGAUCUCGCUCUGGAUGAUGACCCGGAUAUAUCUUACCAGCACGGUAGCGUGAAACACCCCGCCCAUGAAAUGUACCCCAUGUGCCAUCACUGUCCAAUGAAUUCAACAUACGACGAAUGUACACAUAAACGCACACUCAAGAAAUGUAAUGAUGGUCUUUCUAAUAUCUGCUUUACAAAGAGUACAAAGAGGAACGAUGUAGUUCACUAUCAUAUGGGCUGUGCUAACCACAAGCAAUGUCAGAGGGCUCGUGCUAAACCAUGCAAAGGUAAGUAGUAUGAGUUAGAGUCAGUACAAAAUACCCAGUGAACUAUUUAGUUGGUUUUUCAUCAAUUAAAAUUAUUGCACAUGGUUUAUUCUUGGCUUUGAAAAUCAAAUAAUUAUUGAUUGCAUAAAAGGGGAUAUAUUGUCGUGGUAAAGCUCUUUUUAUGUUCCAUUCAGCUGGUUGCAUUGAAUUUUUGCGGCUUCAUUCUAACAACUGAAUAUUCUUCCGAAAUGGUUUUACUGAAAAUCUAUUCGUGGACAGUCCACAUGUCAUAACUGAACAUAGUAACAGACUGGGCGAAUGAGACAAACAUCAUUAAAAAACCUUUUUCGCAUUAUUAUAAGAGGAAAAUAUGAAAACUUUGUCAUCCCUUUAUGUGGACGUAUGUUAAUGUAGGUUUGUAAGAAGCAUUUGGUCCUGAGCGUUGUUUCUUUCAUUCCAGUUCACGAGAAACGCUGUUUUACUUGCUGCCAAUGGAGCGGAUGUAAUUCAAUGUCUCACCAUGGAGACUCAACUGCUCUUUCAUUCUGGAAUACAGGUCACGUGACUUCUGUCGACUGGGUUACUCUGGGCGUCAGCUUGGUGACCUUUGGUAUAAUUUAUUUCAUUUAAAGAGAAAAACCUUCAAAAGUAACAUGUACAUAGAGUUUGGCCGACUCAGUCUAACAACACAAAUGGACUUUGUUUGUAUUCUUGAGAUUCGAAGGACUUCUUUUGACCAUAUUAUCCCUUAGGCAGCGAGAAUGUCUUUUAACUUUUCAUGCUGACUGAAAGGAACAUAAUAAUAUGUUUAAAAAGCUGUUGUAAUAUACCUUUUUGACGGUAGAUAAUGUUGGAGUGGACGUAUCUUAGGGAACAAAGCCCGUUGCAGUUUGUUGGAGUGAUUUUUCCAUAUGACUUUGAAGUAUUUAUCGUUUUCUCGGAGCCUGCGAACACCGAAAUUUAUACAGAUUUUGUCACAGAAAGAUUCCUUUUACAAUUUCUGAGACUCCAGUAAAUCAGGCGGAUGAUAAAGCGAACCUCAAAAGUGUCUUUUCUCGUCGAUAAUUAUUUUAUGUUGAUUGAGUCUAGGCUCAGAAUGUGUUAACAGCUCUGUGAGGACCCUUAGAUUAUUCGGGUUUGUGAAAAAUUUCGUAGGCAAAGUAUCAACGGGCUUCAGCUCUUUACUGGAAAACCUCACUCAGUUAUACCCAUAUAACAAACAGACCUGGAGUUGUUUGGUGUAUGAAUAUAAUUAUAGUGGCAUUGAAGCACAUGUCUUUCUGUUCAGUUCCUGAAUAAGAGAGUCUCAGAGGCUGAAAUAAUAAAUUGAGAGAC